AUUUGGUAUCAUUCGUUGAGAACAGCUCAGUUUACCACAGUUACAUCGAAAUGGCAUUCAAAUUUGUCCUGUUGGCCACUCUGGUCGCCGCUGCAAGCGCUGGUCUGAUCCCACAGCACGGAUAUGCUUCCUCCCAUCAAACCAUCCAACACCACGCCACCCCGGUGCACCACGUGGCCGCUGUCCAUGCCGCUCCGGUUCACCACGUGGCUGCCAUCCACGCAGCUCCCGUCCAUCACACGAUCGUGAAGGAAGUCGAGCAUCACGCUCCGGCCAACUACGAGUUCUCGUACGCCGUUCACGAUGAGCACACCGGAGACAUCAAGAGCCAGCACGAGACCCGCCACGGAGAUGAGGUCCAUGGCCAGUACAGUCUGAUCGAUUCCGACGGUCACCAGCGUAUCGUUGAUUACCACGCCGAUCAUCACUCCGGAUUCAACGCCGUCGUCCGUCGUGAGCCAACCCACGUGAAGAUCGCUCAGCCAGUGCACAAGGUCAUUGCCCAGCCCGUCCAUGUUCAUGCCGCCCCAGUUGCCCAUCACUCGUACUCGCAUGCUGCCCCAGCUAUCGCUUACACUUCCCAGCACCAUGUUGCCCCAGUUGUCCACAGCACCCAGCACAUUGGACAUGGUCUGUCUUCGGGAUAUCAUUACUAAAUGCCAAUCCUACUAGCGAACCGAACUUGUAAAUAGUGUUAGGAAAUGUACUGCUACCAACAUGUUGUUAAAAAUACAUAGUUUUAAAAUGAUUAA